AGACGAUUGCGUGAAAAAAUCUUUGUUUUAUGUGAUUUUUGGAGAAAUCACGUUUUCAUCAAAUAACGUGACAUAAUGUUGUCCCUCAGAAAUGCAGUUGCAAGUUGCCGGUUUUUAUCCUCAAGAAGUAGCAGUGCAGCAUCUGUUAGUGUGGCGAAAUCUAAUCCAUCAACAACAACAGCGGUAGAUUCUACGAGGAAACUGCGGAACAACCAAAUUGGUGUUAGUGAAGACGGCGGCCAAAAGUUUAUCGGUUUUUCGUUCUACCCAAGGUUUCCUGGACAGCAGGAUCCUCCGUAUAAACCAUCGGAAGCUCUGAUGAUUGAGCGUGUGAAAGGCUUAAGGGGCAGGCCAUACUGGGAAAAGGAUGUCAUGACAAAGAUUGGUUUACCAAUGACAGUUAAGCAUUCAAACCCUGUUAUUGUUGCCAACACUCCCUCCAUGUGUGCUAUGCUGUGGAAAGUUAAGCACUUGAUCAGAGUUACACCAAUUACAUUUCCUCAGGGUCUUCCCGAAGAUGGUGACACAACAGGUGCCAGGCUGCAACAGAAUGGUCAGCUCGUUUUCAUCCCCAAAUUAAAGUCUGAUGCUUUGCAGGCGUCCACGCAAGUCAACUUUACAGACAGACCAGAGCAUAUGGACCGUGAAACCCUCAAGAAACAAUUACGACUUGAAUGGAUCCAACCUUGGAAAUGAUCCAACGGAAAAUGUUGUGUAUUUUACAGCUAGAGGAAAAUAAACCAACCCAAAGUUGAUAUAGUUGA